GAUUCACGGAAACAAUUUUUCUUUGAAUCAAAUGACACAAACAUUAUGGAAAAGUUUGAUGAGAGUGACAAUAAUCAAGCUGUUGUGAUUGCUUUGACCUUUACACCAAGUUAUAAUUAAUUUUCGAAAAUUUCAAUAAAUUAAUUAAUGAACAAUAUCGAGGAAAUAAGACUUUACUUUAUGUUGUAACUAUAUAGGUAUAACAAGAAAUUAAUUACACUUUCAAAAUAUUUGAAUUAAAUGAUUGACAACGAUAAUGUGGAAAUAUAUAUUGAUAAAAUGAGAGAUUAUAGAUGAUAAUGGAAGGGGAAUACGAGAGGGAGAUAAUGCCAGUAGAAUUGAACGAGAAAAUUGCCGGGAAAUAAGAGAUCAGUCUACGUCGUAAUAUACAAUAAUAGAAUAUGUUAUAAAUUAUUUAGAUACGAAAAAUUUUGUGUUUUUGUUUUUGUUUUAUUGUGAUUAUUUUUGUUAAUUGAUAUUUUUGAUAAGACAUGACAGUGAAUUCCGAUGAUCAAAAUCAUCAUAAGUGUUCUUCAUUAAAUAAUCUAGUUCAUGAGAAGAUAAAAAAAGAAGAUCUAAUUGAUGAAGAUUUGAAAUGCAAAAUGAGCUACGAUAAUUUACAAGAACGUUUUCAAGAUCUGAGCGAUAGACUGAAUGAUUUAAAGAAUAAUUUAAUAAAUAAACAAAUAGAAGAAACGAAUUCAGAGAAUAUACUAAGAAAGGAUUUUGCUGAUUCAGAUAAAUAUACUGACAGAAGGAAAACAAAAAAAGAUGGAAUUCUACCAGAUAAAGAAUUUCUUCCGCGAAAUUCCCUUCUCACUGAUUUAUUUGAAGUUCAACAUAUCAAAACAAUUUAUAAUAUUUUCAUAGUGACUCUUAUAAUUCUCUUUAUGAGCACUGCCAUUCAUGACAUUAUGGAAACUGGAACAGUACAACUUGGAAUUCAAACAAUAAUCAAAGCUUUUGGUAAAAUGCCAAUUGUUAUUUAUAUUUGGAUUGGAAUGACAGCGUCAACUUUUGUUCUUUAUUCAAUUUUUGCAUUUUGGGCAAACAAACGAUUAGAUAUUCAACCAAAAUCAUAUUCAUUAAAAAUUCUUGAUUAUGGAGCAUUGAUAUCUUUUAUUCUCUAUCAAAUUGCCUUUAUUAUUUUUCCAUCAAAAUCUGUUUUUGAAGAGGAUCUUCCUCCUGCAUCAAGUUUAAUAGUAAUAAUGGAGCAGGUACGCAUGUUAAUGAAAUCUCACGCAUUUGUAAGAAGUAAUGCACCAAGAGUAUUGUCAUUUAAACCACAUUCGGAAAAAGAGGGAAUUUUAUGUCCCGGAUUUUCUAAUUUUUUGUAUUUUAUGUUUGCACCAACUUUAGUGUAUCGUGAUAAUUAUCCCAGAACCAAAGAAAUUCGAUGGAAAGUCGUUGUUUGGCAUUAUACGGAAGUUGUACUUGUUAUUUUUUAUAUUGCAUUUCUUUGUGAACGUUUCUUAAUGACUGCAUUUAAACAAUUUGGCGUUCAACCCGCUAAUCCAGGAAUACUUGUUCAUAAUAUAUUCAGCAAUAUGAUGCCUGGAAUUUUAACUUUACUCUGUGGUUUUUAUUGUCUACUUCAUUCUUGGAUGAAUGGAUCCGCUGAACUUCUUCAAUUUGCUGACAGAAUGUUCUAUAAGGAUUGGUGGAAUUCGACAUCAUUUAGCACAUAUUAUCGUACAUGGAAUAUUGUCGUGCACGAUUGGCUCUACACUUAUAUUUACAAGGAUAUGUACGAGAUUGUUGCACGUAAAAAUAAAAUUCUCUCAACAAUUACCGUAUUUAUGGUGUCGGCAUUUUUUCACGAAUAUAUAUUGGCUAUUGCAUUUCGUUUCUUUUAUCCCGUGAUGCUGGUAAUGUUCGGAGGAUUUGGAAUGUGUUUAGUAUUUAUUCCCAAGGAAAAUACAAAAUCAAAUGGUAAUAUUUUCAUGUGGUUGUCACUUUGCACUGGUUCCGGUUUAAUGUUGAGUCUCUAUGCAAUGGAAUAUUAUGCCCGAAUCAAUUGUGCUCCAUAUGAUAAUAAAAUUCUUGAUUUUUUUUUACCAAGAAGUUGGUUCUGUCGAAAAAUAAUCACAUCCAUCUAAAUUAUAAAUUAUAUCAAUUAGCGAUAUGUUAAGAAAACAAU